AUGGACGACGAUUUACCUACAGACUUCCAGGUCAUCGUCGUGGGGACGGGCAUGGUUGAGUCGAUUGUAGCUGCAGCAUGCAGUCGAAUAGGCAAAAAUGUGCUACAUUUAGACUCAAGUGACCAUUAUGGGGGUCUUUGGGCCUCAUAUAAUUUCGAGGGUCUUCAGAAAUUUAUUAAAGAGAUUAACUCGGACCCAAACAGGCAACUACAGGUGUACAACUUGAUUGAAAAGUGGUAUAUUGAUAAAGACUCACCCCAAGAAGAAACAAAACAAGAGACUGAAGAGGAAAAGACUGAGCCUCCCAAGAAGAUCUGGAGCCAAGCUGACUUUGCUUCCGAGUACAGGAAGUUUAAUAUCGACAUGACACCAAAGCUGCUGUUUUCCCGGGGGCCGUUGGUGGAGCUCCUGAUAUCUUCGAAUAUUGCUCGUUAUGCUGAGUUCCGUUGUGUGACACGUGUUCUCACUUGGCUCAAUGACAAGUUGAAUCCUGUUCCCUGUUCCCGUGCUGACGUGUUCGCUACCGAGGCUGUCAGCAUCGUGGAGAAGAGGAUGCUCAUGAAGAUGCUCACGUCCAUCGUAGGGUACAAUGAGGAAGAGAUGGACAAUGAAUUUAAGGAUUGGACCGACAAGUCCUUCAAGGAUUACCUCACCCACAAGGGUCUGACACCGAAUCUGAUCCACUACGUGUUGUACGCUAUCGCGGGCGGUUCAGACGCUAUGCCGUGUCUGGAGGGUGUUAGGGAAUGUAAGAAGUUCCUGAUGAGUCUCGGCCGCUAUGGGAACACGCCCUUCCUGUGGCCGAUGUACGGGAGCGGGGAACUACCUCAGGGCUUCUGUCGACUAUGCGCGGUGUUCGGCGGCGUCUAUUGCCUGAAUCGUCCGAUAGAUUCGGUCGAGACUAAGACGGGUGACGAAGGGAAAGAGAUCGUGGUUAUUGGCAGCAAGUCCAAGAACUUGAAUUGCGAUCAUCUAGUCAUCGGUAUAAACGAGUGCCCCAAGGACCUACUGUCCUCGGAGCCGAGCGAGAGCUCUGAUAUAUCCAAGGCUAUAUUCAUUACCAAUGGCACCAUAAUGCCUAGUGAGAAGGAACCGCUGACCCUACUGAGAUUCCCGCCGCUAGAUGAAGGUGACAACCCUGUUACUGUUCUCGAAGUCGGACCGGCUACCGGCUCCUGCCCUAAAGGCCUCUUCGCCGUUUACUUUAUAACGAACAAGGUUAAGGAUGCUGAGAGCGACCUCAUGAAGUACGCGGAGAAGAUCUUCGACAUGACCGGAGACCAGACCAAGGCUGGCGACAAGCCGACGUGCCUGUGGUCUUUGUUCUACAACGUGAAGGAUGUGAGCGCGGGAGUUCGUGACGGUGUUGAGACGGUCCACGUGUGUGCUGGACCAGACGCCGGGCUCGACUUCGACCGCGCCGUAAUCCAGUCGGAACAAAUCUUCAAAAAGAUCUGCCCGGGCGAGGAGUUCCUUCCCCGCGCUCCGGAUCCCGAAGACAUCGUGUUCGAGGAUGACGUCACUCACGGGCCCGAGUUCCGCGGCGACGAGGGAGACAAAGAGUAA